AAUGGCUCCUCCUGCCAAAGAGGGUCAGAAAAGGAACCUGUAUCAUAGUGGCAGGAUUGUGAAAAAAACAAAUAUUGUGCUAUCUCGGAUAGGAGGGGUGCACUGACUGUUUAACAGUGCAAUGGUUUUGGGGUUUCCGCUUUGUUUUUUUGGGUGGGAUUGAGCGCUGUCUUGAAGAAGUACGGGUUCUAGUGUUAUUAGAACAUUAAACAGCCCCAGAUGAACUCGGUGAGAGCUGCGAACCGCAGACCCAGGCGAGUGUCGAGGCCGCGCCCGGUGCCGCCGGGAAGAAACAACCAAGAAAGAGGUCUGGCUAAAACAAGAGUAAAUACACUGCCUGGCCAAAAAAAGUCACCACCUGGAUUUAACUAAGCAAAUAGAUGAGGAAGUUGCAGGAGACAUGGUUGCUGAAGAAUCUGGUCCAGGAGCUCAGAACAGUCCUUAUCAACUUCGAAGAAAGUCUCUUUUACCCAAAAGAGCUGUGUAUCCAGCCAAGACUAACAUGGAGUGUGAUUCCACAUCAACAACAGAAAUCUUUGGUCAUCAGGCCAAGCGUGCCAGGGUGUCUGGGAAAUUACAACACGUAACAGCUGCUCCAGCAGAACAGUACCUGCAAGUGAGGCUUCCCGAUGAGGUGGUACUGAAGAUCUUCUCCUAUCUGCUGGAGCAAGAUCUGUGUCGGGCUGCUUGUGUGUGUAAACGUUUUAGUGAACUGGCCAGUGACCCCAUUUUGUGGAAGAGACUCUAUGUAGAGGUUUUUGAGUACGCCCAUCCAAUGAUGCAUCCAGACUCAGGAAAAUUUUACCAAAUUAACCCAGAGGAGUGUGAGCAGCUCAAUCCAUGGAAGGAGAGCUUUCAGCAGCUGUAUAAGGGAGCACAUGUGAAGCCAGGGUUUGCUGAACACUUUUACAGUAACCCUGGCAGAUAUAAAGGGAGGGAGAAUAUGCUGUAUUACGACACUAUUGAGGAUGCAUUAGGUGGGGUGCAGGAGGCUCAUUUUGAUGGGCUUAUAUUUGUCCACUCAGGGAUUUACACAGAUGAGUGGAUCUAUAUUGAGUCACCAAUCACAAUGAUUGGUGCAGCACCAGGGAAAGUUGCAGAUAAAGUUGUCAUUGAAAACACUAGAGAUUCAACAUUUGUUUUCAUGGAGGGGUCAGAAGAUGCAUUUGUUGGCUAUAUGACAAUAAAGUUUAAUCCUGAUGAUAAGUCAGCCCAGCAUCACAAUGCGCAUCACUGUUUAGAGAUCACAGUUAACUGCAGCCCAAACGUUGACCACUGCAUCAUACGUAGCACUUGUACAGUGGGUUCAGCGGUUUGUGUGAGUGGUCAGGGGGCAUGUCCUACUAUCAAACAUUGUAACAUCAGUGACUGUGAGAAUGUAGGACUCUACAUCACAGACCAUGCGCAGGGCAUUUUUGAAGAUAAUGAGAUAUCCAAUAAUGCUCUAGCUGGGAUCUGGGUUAAGAAUCAUGGAAAUCCCAUAAUUAGACGGAAUCACAUCCACCAUGGAAGAGAUGUGGGGGUCUUUACUUUUGACCAUGGCAUGGGCUACUUUGAAAGCUGCAACAUCCAUAGAAACCGGAUAGCAGGAUUUGAAGUGAAGGCAUAUGCCAACCCCACAGUAGUGCGCUGUGAAAUCCACCAUGGACAGACUGGAGGCAUAUAUGUACAUGAAAAGGGCAGAGGGCAGUUCAUUGAGAACAAGAUCUAUGCAAACAACUUUGCUGGUGUAUGGAUUACCUCAAAUAGUGACCCUACAAUUAGGGGUAACGCAAUCUUUAAUGGCAACCAAGGUGGUGUUUACAUAUUUGGUGAUGGCCGAGGCCUUAUCGAAGGAAACGACAUAUAUGGGAAUGCUUUGGCAGGGAUUCAGAUCCGGACCAACAGCUGUCCUAUUGUACGACACAACAAAAUCCAUGACGGCCAACAUGGGGGCAUUUAUGUGCAUGAGAAAGGCCAAGGUGUUAUUGAAGAAAAUGAGGUCUACAGCAACACAUUAGCUGGAGUGUGGGUAACCACAGGAAGCACACCUGUACUGCGCAGGAAUAGAAUACACAGUGGAAAGCAGGUUGGUGUUUAUUUCUAUGAUAAUGGACAUGGAGUACUGGAAGACAAUGAUAUCUACAACCACAUGUAUUCAGGAGUUCAGAUCAGGACUGGAAGCAACCCGAAAAUAAGACGAAACAAGAUCUGGGGUGGUCAAAAUGGUGGAAUCCUUGUUUACAACUCUGGUUUGGGCCUAAUAGAAGACAAUGAGAUCUUUGACAAUGCUAUGGCAGGGGUUUGGAUCAAAACAGACAGCAACCCAACACUUCGUAGAAAUAAGAUCCAUGAUGGUAGAGAUGGAGGAAUUUGCAUAUUCAAUGGAGGACGAGGGUUGCUGGAGGAGAAUGACAUCUUUAGGAAUGCCCAGGCAGGGGUCCUCAUCAGUACCAACAGUCACCCUGUACUGAGAAGAAACAGGAUAUUUGAUGGCUUUGCUGCAGGUAUAGAGAUCACAAACCAUGCAACUGCAACUUUAGAAGGAAAUCAGAUUUUUAACAACCGCUUUGGUGGGUUGUUUCUUGCAUCUGGUGUCAAUGUGACAAUGAAAGACAAUAAGAUAAUGAACAAUCAAGACGCCAUCGAAAAAGCAGUGAGCCGUGGACAGUGCCUGUAUAAGAUUUCCAGUUACACCAGCUAUCCAAUGCAUGAUUUUUACAGAUGUCACACCUGUAACACAACGGACCGCAAUGCAAUUUGUGUGAAUUGCAUCAAAAAGUGUCAUCAAGGACAUGAUGUAGAGUUUAUUAGACACGAUAGGUUUUUCUGUGACUGUGGUGCAGGGACAUUGUCAAACCCGUGCAUGUUAGCCGGAGAGCCGACACAUGAUACAGAUACACUGUAUGACUCCGCUCCUCCUAUAGAGUCCAGCACACUGCAGCACAACUGAGUCUGUGACCUCAUGAGACUACACACCACUCCUUAAUGAUCUACUGCUGCCCCAUUUUCCAUCUUGAAAAUACUUUGAGGAGAGGCCACAAUCCAGACAUAAAUAAGCAGACUCUGCAAGCUGCUGUUACUAAAUUACAUGUUUGAAUACAUAUAAGGCUAGAAUAAGGGCAAUAAUUUCAGAUGUUCACAUGCCAGAUCUAUGUUGUCAUUAUUCACAGUGUAAAUUGUCAUUGGAUCAGGAGAGUGUCGAAUAUGAUCCAAUAUAAAUCCAACAGAUCAGACUGGUGGGUCCCAAGCACUCCUCCAUCAUGUGUUUAAAUUAUUUUAGAAAUAAUUCUAUUUGUCAUUUUCAUUAAUUAUAGAUUCAGAAUACUUAGAGAAAAAAGAAAGCAAGACAGAAUAUAUAACGGUUAUAUAUAAGGUUCACCUGCUUUCUUUCCCAAGAGAGGUGGGAGGUGAUAAAUGCAAACAUUCACAUUGAGUCACUGACUAAUUUUGGGUAGUGCUGGAAGAAACUUGGUAAAAGAUUGCUGGUUCAUUUCUGGAAGAGCAGUUUUACCAGUUUCUUAGUGCCUGUAUUCAAGAAUUUAUUGCCACAAUAUGGUGUAUGUAUGGUGAUAACUACGACCAGCAGCAUUUUUAAACAAAUUAAAUGGUAUUCCGUUUUAAUGCUUACUUGUAGUUUUGUAUUUUGAAAUCCUAAUUGUACUUGAAUGUUUGUUUUUUUUAUUAUUUUAUUAAAUAUUAAUUAUGGGA